AUGCUGUCCAUUCGUCUGGUCUUCCUGACCGCUUUCCUUGUGGUACUGAUGGCCGUGCUGACCUCCAGCACCAGAACCACACGCUGGCCCAAACCUCAGACAACCAAGAAGCCUCCUCGAGCUGGGAGCAGCGGCGGAGGAUUCAAACGGACCACCACCACCACCCCAUCUCCAACCAGUAGCCUGUCCACAGACGAGACAACUGAGGUUAUGAUGGACGCUUACUCACUGUCCCCUACAGACAGCACCACCUACUCCAGCGACACUUUCUCCACUGAGUUCCACAACGAUGCCAUAGCGCCCCCUGGCAACACCCCUGGAAACUAUACCCUUGAUUACAAUGAAUGCUUCUUUAACUUCUGUGAGUGCUGUCCGCCAGAGAAAGGCCCCGUAGGGCCCAUGGGAGAGAGAGGGCAGCCGGGACCGUCAGGAGAGAGGGGUCCUCAAGGCUUACCAGGAGAGAAGGGAGAGACAGGGCUCAGAGGACCUCCAGGACCAGCAGGUCUACCUGGAGCCAACGGACUCAAUGGCGACAUAGGUGAAAAAGGUGAUCAAGGACUGGCAGGUCUUCCUGGUGUCCCUGGUAUCCCAGGAAAACCAGGGGAGAAAGGUGAUCCAGGCCUCAAAGGAGAUAAAGGUGAACGUGGCUUCAGUGGUCUGAAAGGUGACCCGGGAGAAAGAGGAGAGCCUGGCCUAAAUGGGACUAAGGGAAGCAUCGGGCGAGAGGGGCCUAUGGGUCCCCCUGGGUUAGCUGGGACAAAGGGUCUGAAAGGUGAACAGGGGCUCAAAGGCGAGUGUUUACAAGGCGAGAAAGGUGAGCGUGGGCCCCCUGGUUUGAGAGGUGAGAUGGGACUGAAUGGAACUGAUGGUGUAAAGGGAGAGAGAGGGGAGCCAGGGCCUCUUGGAGGGAAGGGGGAUACUGGUGCCAGAGGGCCCCCAGGUCCUCCAGGAGGGAGGGGCAUGGCAGGGUUGAGGGGGGAAAAGGGGCUUAAAGGUGUGCGUGGGCCGAGGGGGCCUAAAGGCUCACCAGGUGAGAGUGUGGAGCAGAUUCGCUCUGCCUUCAGUGUAGGCUUGUUCCCCAGCAGGUCCUUCCCUCCACCCAGCCUGCCCGUGAAGUUUGAUAAGGUGUUUUACAAUGGGGAGGGGCACUGGGACCCAACACUCAACAAAUUCAACGUCACUUACCCAGGGGUCUACCUAUUCAGUUACCACAUCACUGUGCGCAACAGGCCUGUGCGUGCUGCCCUAGUGGUUAAUGGGGUACGGAAGCUGCGGACCCGGGAUUCUCUGUACGGCCAGGACAUCGAUCAGGCAUCCAACCUCGCUCUGCUGCAUCUGACUGAAGGCGACCAGGUGUGGCUGGAGACACUGAGAGACUGGAAUGGAGUUUACUCCAGCAGUGAGGAUGACAGCACUUUCUCUGGCUUCCUGCUUUACCCCGACACAAAGAAACCGACUGCUGUGGAAAACCUGUGA